GCUGCUACUCAUUCGAAAAAAGAUGUCUGCGCGCGUAUCGCAUGCUGGCACAAGUUACACGUGGUGUUUGUUUAUGGUUGUGAAGCUGUGAUCGUUGUUAACUUUAGCUAGUAUUUCGUGUAAUAUUACAUGAUGCCGGUAUGUGUCAAUUGGUUUUGCUUUCGGACAGCGGUGCUAAGGUACACGUACCAUCGAUCUGGAGUGCCCGCUUGAACGAAGUUCGUCGGAAGUUGAAAUAAGCAAAGCGGUGAGAAGUCGUGAGAAGUCGUGAGAAGCCGUGAGAAAAUAAUUAAUUCGCCACCCACGAGCCCUUAUUUAGAUUGUGAGGUAGACUCAUUUGAAACAGUCAGCCAUCAGACAGACGGAUCCGCCAAGUUUUGCUUUGAGAGCAUCGAAGGACGACGCGCGAUGGCUCUCACAAAUUCCUUGCUCUAUGAGCUGUCUGCCAACAGCUUGGAGCAAAACAUCGAGUUGGUUGAGCUAGUUCUACGCUCUCCCGUGCAUAUACCACAAAAAAGAGAGAUAGUUAUCUCAUGGCUCUGUAAGUGCAUCGAAGAUCACGAUAGCGUACCACACAGCGAGACGGCAACCCUUUGGAAGCUCCUGCACAUGCUCCUUGAAGACAUGGAACCGCGCGAGGUGGUCAUAGUUGCGCAGGACUCGUUUCUGAAGGCGAUGACAAACAUGCUCCGAGGACUUGAAAACAUGGACCGACAACGCCAUAUCCUGCUGGCAGCAAGCCUGCUCCUUCAAAAGGCACCUCAGAGCAUACUGUCACUGAAACUGCUGUCGUUGGAGCAAAUGCUAGCUGUGGCACUUGACCGAGCAUGUAUGUUUGUGAGGAAUGGCCAGGACUGCUCUGAUUUGUGCCCCACUUUGUCAGCCCUCAUGAAUGUGGUCAUUACGUCAUGGCAACAGGCUCCAUGCACACUGGAGGAGGCCAUAAGUCGUAUGAAGCCGCUCCUGAGCCAUAUGAUGCUGUUCUUGCACUUGGAAAAGAAAAAUGCGUCGGAAGGACUUUCAAAUGUUUGCUCCCAGAUCAAGAGAAUGAUAAAUGUGAUGUUCUUUCACAGAGAUAAAAUGAGUGUGUGGCUGGCAUGCCUGUCCACAUACCUCAAGGAAGAGGAAACUGAGAUGCAGGAUAAGGCCUCCUGUCUCCAGCUUCUCUCGGCUUUCUUCGGUCAAGUUUGCGAGACUCAGAUAUGUGCCAAUACUGAGCCUCCUGUAGAGACAUUCCUUCCCGAGUUCUUUGCCACUUUCCUGGAGGGCUUCAUGGCACACAACAAAACUGAGGACAUUCAAUCCAACGUUGUGCUUCUGGCAUACUUCGCUCACCUUUUGGGGAUGCAAUGUGAGGAGGCUUUUGGAAAAAGUGUGUUCCAGGGCUUGUCAUUCACACCAGAGCUGCAGCUGUAUCAUGUCAACUGCCUACUUCAAGUAUACGAGCAAAGCAAGCAGUACCACUUGAUGGUGGCUCUGCCACAACUCAAAAAGAGCUUGUUCAAGCCCAGGAAGUGGUUUGGUGAAUUGGUCCCUGGGCUUCAAGCCAUGGGGCAUACCAAUGUAUCGUGGUUUACCUGUUUGAACACUGCCAUGAACAUUGCACCAAACCUGGUGGAAGGCAGUAUGAUCAAAACACUCCAGAAGUGUUGGACUGUCCCCAGCUUGGGCAACCAAGAUAUCCUUAGGGUGGAGGACGAAUUCCUUGAGAAUGUACUGCACACUUACAACAAGCUGUUUCGCAUUCCUAAGCUUGUUCGAAACAUCUUCUCUUCACUGAGCAACCCUGAGGCCAAAGCAUCGAAGUCCACGUGCAUCUCGGCUCGGUUCCUGAAAAAAUUUUCUGAGUGCUGCACUUCCCUGUCAUCUGGACAAGUAACCGAAUCGUGGCAUCUGUUUGUCAGUCAACUGAGCUACUGGAUCUCCCAAAACAAAGAGACGAAGGAUAGCAAGGACUUUUAUAAGAUCCUUCUGGUCACUGAAAUCUUCAUCACAUUCCUGCACCACAUUCAAGCAGCAAAUUCUACCAUGCCAGCCAUUCACGUUACCAAGGUAACGGAACUCAUGGGCACAACAUCUAAACUUGCUGCCGAGAUGUUGGACUUCAGCAUUGAGAACAAGUCGGUGGAUUCUUCGUACUGUUCCCUCGUGAUGUUUCAUGCCUGGGGGGAGCUCCACAUGCUGCUCUGCUCCUAUCGGCGAGUGUAUGGCAAAAGCGUAGCAUGGCCCACUUUGCCAGCACCCCUCGAGCAAACUCACUUGACUUACCUGCACCCAGCACUCGCGCCUGCUAAGCUGGAGGCCCUGCAACCCUUGCUGGACAAGGGCAAGAACAAGCGUGCCCUCUAUGCCCUGCUGUUACUCCAUAUCCAAAAGAUCAGAGCUCUGCUUUUGUUCACCGAGGCAGCAAAUGAACAUCUUGUAGCAAGCCUAGAGGCAGCAGCGAAGUUUGUCUUCUCCAAUGCUGACCUGAAUGUUCAACAUGUCAUCUGGUCCCACAGGGUGUCUGAAGUAUCUAAAGAGGCAUUCCCUCUGGCAUCUUUGCAUCUCCUGCUGAACCACUGUCCGAUGUUGGCACCUCACCUGUCAGCCAAAAACCUGCAUUUUCUGUGUCGAAGCAUACUGGAGCUUCUUGCAAAUGAAAAGGGCAUUGGAGAUGAAGAAGGUAUAACACCAAGGGUGGUUGUAACCACUUAUCUCCAGAGCCAGGCAUUUGUUGAGUGCAAGCCUAUGCAGACAGCCUUUGUCACAGCACUGUGGAGCAAAGCCUCUGAAGGGAUCAAAGCCAAGAAAAGAAAACACAACACUGAAGAGGCCCCAAGCUGCUGUCGCUCUCUUUUCGAGGCUCUCUCGGGCUCUUUGAAAGUUUGGGAGAAAUAUGCCGAAAGUGUUCCACAGCCAGACUAUGCUUCCAAGAAGCUAUUGGGCAUGGAUAGUCUUAACAAGAUGUGGGCACUGAUUCACCAUGCCUCUGUUACUCUGGCAGAAAUUAUGAAGUCGGCGGAAUGCUCUGAAAAGAUUAAUGUUGAAGACGUCUUGCUCUUGACUGAGGGGCUUCAGUACCUGCCCCUUGAUUGCCUUUUUCCUGGAAACCAGACAAGAUGUCUUUUAGGACUCCUUGGCAUUCUGUUCAUGCUCGACGACAUGUCUGAAGAGAGGAAGCUUGAUGAGAAGAGGCUGGAGGCUGUGAGCAGCUGUUGUACCACUCUUGCAAUGCUUCUGCAGAGCACACGGAGGUCCUGGCUUUUGGACUUUGUUGACAGCGGUAGCCUGCUCAGCAGAUUGGCCACUACCUUCUCUGGACAUUUGUUCAAGGUCCUUGAAGAUGAUGCUUUGCAUGAAAUGUACCAAAGCAUUGUAAAUGCAAUUGUGAGAGAAGCAUGCAAGAAGAAGAACACACUGAGAACACUAAUUCGAUUUGUGAAGCAGCUCAGUGACGGGAUCUCAACUGAAGAGCAGCUUCCUUCAAAGUCUUACGCAACUGCAGCCAUAGCACUAUUCAGUCAGCUAACAACGGAGCUGUCCAAAGGCUUCCUUCAUGAGGACGUAAAAGGCAAUAUGCAGAAGAUGGCACAUAGCUUAUCCAAAGCUCUUGAUCUUUGGCUGCAGCAAAUGGUAGCUCGUGAGCAGCUGCCGCCACAAACUAAGAAGCAGGUGUUUGUUAUUGGCUCCCUGCACAUUCAGUAUGCAACAUCGGUCCACAAGCUCUCUGCUGAAGGCGAUGAAAAGAUAUGCAGUGAAGCGACAUCGGCUGCUCUUUCCAUUGCUCUAUCUGAGCUGCUGGAGUCAAAGAUGGAAGAAAUGGGUGAUGAGCUCCUGGGCUUUCUAGCACAAGCAGUGAAAUGCAGGGAAAAGCUCCCUGGGCUGGUCUCUGUCACGCUUCCAGACAUCUGGACAGGAGUCCACUCCCAGUUCACCUUGCAGGCCCUGCAUUUCUUGCCAGAUCAGAAACAGAGCAGUGAUAGUGAACCCACAACUUUAACCUUUGAAAACAUUCUCAGUGAGAAGCAGGUAUCUUUCCUGCAAGUUCUUUUCGGCUGUUGCACAGUCAGCGAACUGCUGGACAUCCUCGAAAAGCUGUUCCCCAUCAUGCAUGCAGAUAAUGUUGCUUCCCCAACUAUGAAAGUCCACUUGAAGAUGUUUGAAAUCUUGUGCUCGUGCUUGGACAUCGACCCUGGAGAACUAGGCAAAGAAAUCAGCAAAAUACUUCAGAAGUUCAUUGAGUACUUCGCAGUUAUAAUGGCCAUUGUGGAUGCUGGGAAUCAUGCUGAGCUUGCAUUCUACAUACUUAGACUCCUUGGAGUUCUUUUGAACAUGAAAAAGUCUUCUCUCUCUCACCUGAGCGGAAUUGUUGCACUACAACUGCUGAGCUCCCUGGACCUGCCCGGCAUGUACAACAGCCCAGCCAUGUUCUGCAGCUGUUUCACAGCUCUUUGUAGAAUCCUCAGCACCUUCUUGUCCAGGCGAAUUGCUGUGGUGGUUGGGUGCACACCAGGAUUCCAAGCUUGUGUUUCCAUGCUCCUCCAAAGCAUCAUCAGGGUCAGUGGCAUAGAGGAGCUGAAGCAGCAACCUGCUGACUUUGCCUACCAGCUGCAGAUGUGUGCACUCAGCCUUGAAAGGUUGGUGACAAGCAUGGGGUCCCACAAGAGAGAGUUUCAGAAGGUGGCUCCAUUUCUGAUUUCUGACUAUAUCUUGGAGUCUGUCAACCUUGUUUUGCACCCUCCCAUCAAGAGGACAUUGCUUUUUGUGGUGUACAAGUUGUUUGACCUGGCUGAUCAGCAUACCAUUGCCAUGGUACACGCCACACUGCCAAAGGAAGGAACGGAAGUUUUUAAAUCGCUGUAUGCCGACUCGCAGAAAGUCCGCUUCAAGGGAAAAGUGUGAUCUGUGUGUUGAGAACUAAAUUUGACCAUAUUGCACCGAUACUAGCAGGACAUUUUUCAAAAGUAUAGACCUCAUUCUUUAACUCCACACCCUUAUGUGAAUACACAUGGGUCACUUGUGCCAGAAUAAAAAUAAAGACAAACUCCAGA